UUAUCCUCAUUCUUUCAGCUGAGAAAAUCCUUUCCAUGUUGUCCACAACUGUGAUGAAAAGAGAAGCCACUCUUGCCAGAGACUGAACUUGUCUGUCAGGAAAAUACUAUUACAGGACUUGUCAUGUCUCCCUUUCUGCGUAUUGGUUUAUCCAACUAUGACAGUGGCCCUUACCUGCCAUCCCAGGGGGAGGUGAUUAACCCUUAUUGUGCUGUGAUGGUUAAAGAAGCCGUGGAGUCAGAAAAUGGCCAAGUAUACGUGCAGAAGAAGCCCACCAUGUACCCACCCUGGAACAGCACUUUUGAUGCCCACAUCAACAACGGCAGGGUCAUGCACAUCGUCGUCAAGGACAAAAGUGCCGAGAUGGUUUCAGAGACCACAGUGGAACUCAAGGUGCUGGCAGAGAGGUGCAAAAAGAGCAAUGGGAAGACAGAGAUAUGGCUAGAACUGAAACCUCAAGGACGAAUGCUGAUGAAUGCAAGAUACUUCCUGGAAAUAAGUGAUGCAAAGGACCUGGCUGACUGUGAGACUGAAGGCUUUUUCUCCUUGCAUCAGCGCAGGGGAGCCAUCAAACAGGCCAAAAUCCAUAAUGUCAAGUGUCAUGAGUUCACAGCCACCUUCUUUCCACAACCCACCUUCUGCUCUGUCUGUCAUGAAUUUGUAUGGGGUCUGAAUAAACAAGGCUAUCAAUGCAGACAAUGUAAUGCUGCCAUUCAUAAGAAGUGCAUUGAUAAAGUAAUAGCCAAGUGUACAGGAUCAGCAAUAAAUAGCAGAGAAACAAUGUUCCAUAAAGAGCGAUUCAAGAUUGACAUGCCUCACCGCUUCAAAGUGUACAACUACAAGAGCCCGACUUUCUGUGAGCACUGUGGCACACUCCUCUGGGGCCUUGCACGGCAAGGACUGAAGUGUGAUGCAUGUGGCAUGAACGUCCAUCAUAAGUGCCAGACAAAAGUAGCAAACCUUUGUGGAGUUAACCAGAAACUAAUGGCUGAAGCUCUGGCAAUGAUAGAGAGCACCCAACAGGCUCGCUGUCAGCGUGACACUGAACAGAUCUCCAGGGAUGGACCUCUUGAAAUUGGCUUCCCAGUUCCUGUGAAGGAGGUAACACCGCUUCAGGCAUUGCCAGCAUCUACAACAGGAAAAAAAGAGCCACAGGGCAUCUCCUGGGAGACUCCGGUGGAGGGCACAGUGAAGGGGGAGUCUCUAAUAGAGACAGACUUGGGAGAACAGCCCCAGGAGCAGGAAAAGCACCAAGUGCAGCUAAAACUAACCAUUGAAGAUUUUGUCCUGCACAAGAUGCUGGGGAAGGGCAGUUUUGGCAAGGUGUUCCUCGCCGAGCUGAAGAGCACAGACCAGUACUUCGCCGUGAAAGCCCUGAAGAAGGAUGUGGUGCUGAUGGAUGAUGAUGUUGAAUGUACGAUGGUGGAGAAGAGAGUCCUCUCCUUAGCUUGGGAGCACCCAUUCCUCACUCAUGUCUUCUGUACGUUCCAGACCAAGGAAAACCUGUUUUUUGUGAUGGAAUACCUCAACGGAGGAGACCUCAUGUUCCAUAUCCAGAGUUGUCACAAGUUCGACCUUCCCAGAGCAACGUUUUAUGCUGCUGAAAUCAUAUGCGGGCUCCAGUUCCUCCAUUCCAAGGGCAUAAUAUACAGAGACUUGAAGUUAGACAACGUCCUCUUGGACAAUGAGGGGCACAUCAAAAUUGCUGACUUUGGGAUGUGCAAGGAAAACAUGUUUGGAGAUGCGAAGACAAGUACUUUCUGUGGGACUCCUGACUAUAUCGCUCCUGAGAUAUUGCUGGGGCAGAAGUACAACACCUCCGUUGACUGGUGGUCUUUUGGCGUCCUCCUGUAUGAGAUGCUUAUUGGCCAAUCUCCUUUCCAUGGCCAAGAUGAAGAGGAGCUUUUCCAGUCUAUCCGUAUGGAUAACCCGUUCUAUCCUCGCUGGCUUGACAAGGAUGCAAAGGACAUUUUGGUGAAGCUUUUUGUGAGAGAACCUGAGAGGAGACUGGGAGCAAGAGGGAACAUCCGCCAGCAUGCCUUUUUCCGGGAAAUAAACUGGGAGGCUUUAGAAGAAAGAAGGAUGGAGCCUCCUUUCAAACCAAGAGUGAAAUCUCCGAGUGACUGUAGCAACUUCGACAAGGAAUUUCUAAAUGAAAAACCUAGACUGUCCUGUGCCGACAGAGCACUGAUUAACAGCAUGGACCAAAAUAUGUUCAGCAACUUUUCUUUCGUGAACCCUAAAAUGGAGAAAAUAUUUUCCUGAGAUCUGCCUUACUGAAGGGAUUCUCUGUAAUGGUUUGAGUAACACUUUGUCAACUGAAGAAUGUACAUGGCUAUUUUUAUCAAGAACCCACCAGAAAAGUACCUCAGUGAAAGUUUGUACCAUGCCUGGAGGCUUCCAGCUUAAUCCAGUCUGUAGCAGAUGCCAGCCACUCUUCACUA